CAACCCGAAGAAGCCAAGCACCACACGCCGACGCGAACAACCAGAGAGAGCUCGGGAUCGGAGCAGGAGGAGGUGUCGCCGCGACAACCACGAUGCUUCGCCGCCGAGGCUGCCCCGGCGCGCUCGCCGCCGCGUUGCUCCUCCUGGCCGUGGUGGCGGCUGCCUCCCCCCGGGCAGCCGGGUUCCACCUCGGCGGCGACGAGAGCGACCUCGUGAGGGGCAUGCUCGCCGCGAUCCGCGAGCAGGCCGAGGCGGAGGACGCGGCGCGCUUCGCCGUCGCGGAGUACAACAAGAAUCAGGGCGCUGCGCUGGAAUUUGCACGGUUGGUGAAGGCCAAGCGGCAGGUUGUGACUGGUACCUUGCAUGACCUGAUGUUGGAGGUAGUUGAUUCUGGAAAGAAAAGCCUGUAUAGUGCAAAGGUAUGGGUGAAGCCAUGGCUAGAUUUUAAGGCAGUCGUUGAGUUCCGUCACGUCGAGGACUCCCAGUCGCAGCCGUCCAUUGCUGCUGAUGGUAGCGUUGGGCAAGGUACUGCUGAACCCUCUCUGGCGCCAAGGACUCACUCACACAACAGUGAGCAAAAUAAAGUCUCUGUUGACUUAUCAUCCUUUUCUCAGAUGUACUCUGGUUUGAAUCUAGCUUCCAGGAGAGGAUGGAAGACUUCAGCUUCUGAGAUCUAGCUGUCAAUAACUUGUGGACUAAAGUAGAUGUUAUCCUUUUGUGAAGUUUUCCCCACUGUUAUGGAAUGAUGUCUAGAUCGUAAUACGCUGUUGAGCAGACUUGAGUUGACAUCUGGAGUGUGUAUUUGUUGCUGCAAAGUGAACGCUCCCUGUAUAUUCCAUACCCGUCAUUCCGUUGCAUGUAUAUAAGGCAUUACUGCUGCCGUUGUAUGGUAUUCCCGCUGCAUAUGUUGAAUUGCAUCGAUUUCUUCCA